AUGCGUUUUAUUCGAGAAAACGUUAAUGACGAACAAGAUUUUUCUAAAAGUAUGCCAUUAACUCAUAUCAAUCUAACAAAUAAUACAAUGACAACAACACCGUUGUUUGUAUUAUUCGAUGAUAAUAAUAAUACAAAGUAUGUAGAAAUAAAAAUUAACAAAACGAAUAAUCAUUUUGUUUGUUUUUCUCAUUAUUCAAGUUCAACGAAUAAAUCAUUAUUGAUUUCGUCAUCAAAUAAAAAUAGUUUUUCAUGGGAAUUCGAUUGGAACUUGAUUAUUUUAUUAGCAUUAGGCUUGAUUUUUGUAAUAUUUCUCAUUAGUAUUGGUUUAUGGUAUUGGUGCAAACGUGUUAAUCAUUUACAUCGACAACAUUCAUUACCUCUUAGUGUUAAUGAUUUUAUUGAAACAACUAAAAUUCAAGAAAAACAUCUAUCAUCUAGUCCAAUAAAUAAAAAGUAUAAUAAUAACAAUAAUAAUAUAUUAAAGAAACCUCCACCUGUUCCACCACGUCCUACAGCUUAUACAACAAUUCCUGGUAAAAUUGAAUAUAGAUCAAAUCUUUAA